GAUAGUAGUGGUCAUGGGGGUCCCUAAGUUCUACCGGUGGAUCUCAGAGCGGUACCCCUGUCUCAGCCAGGUGGUGAAGGAGCAUCAGAUUCCAGAGUUCGACAACUUAUACCUGGACAUGAAUGGCAUUAUACAUCAGUGUUCACAUCCAAAUGAUGAUGAUGUUCACUUCAGAAUCUCAGAAGAUAAGAUUUUUGCUGAUAUUUUUCACUAUUUGGAAGUACUUUUUCGUAUUAUUAAACCAAGAAAGGUUUUCUUCAUGGCAGUUGAUGGAGUAGCUCCAAGAGCAAAAAUGAAUCAGCAGCGUGGGAGGCGCUUUAGAUCAGCAAAAGAGGCAGAGGAGAAAAUAAAAAAGGCAUUAGAAAAGGGAGAAACUCUCCCUACAGAAGCCAGAUUUGACUCCAACUGUAUUACACCAGGAACUGAAUUCAUGGCCAGAUUGCAUGAGCAUCUGAAGUAUUUUGUAAAUAUGAAGAUUUCCACAGACAAAUCCUGGCAAGGAGUGACAGUUUACUUAUCAGGCCAUGAGACUCCAGGGGAAGGUGAGCAUAAAAUUAUGGAGUUCAUCAGAUCAGAAAAAGCAAAGCCCCAUCAUGAUCCAAAUACAAGACACUGUCUCUAUGGCUUAGAUGCUGACUUGAUUAUGCUGGGAUUAACAAGUCAUGAGGCACACUUUGCGCUCUUAAGAGAAGAAGUCAGAUUUGGUGGUAAAAAAUCUCAAAGAGCAUGUGCACCAGAGGAAACCACAUUUCAUUUGUUGCACUUAUCACUGAUGAGAGAAUAUAUCGAUUAUGAAUUUUCACCAGUAAAAGACAAGAUUUCCUUCGAGUAUGAUAUUGAAAGGAUAAUAGAUGAUUGGAUCUUAAUGGGUUUCCUUGUAGGAAAUGAUUUUAUUCCUCAUCUACCUCAUUUACAUAUUAAUCAUGAUGCACUGCCACUACUUUAUAGAACAUACAUGGCUAUCUUGCCAGAACUGGGAGGCUACAUCAAUGAAAAUGGGAAUCUGAAUUUACAGCGCUUUGAAAAAUAUCUCACAAGAUUGUCAGAUUUUGAUCGUGAACACUUCAGUGAAGUCUUUGUAGACCUAAAAUGGUUUGAAAGUAAAGUAGGCAAUAAAUACCUCAAUGAAGCAGCUGGUAUUGCAGCAGAGGAAGCCAGGAAAAAUAAACAAAAGAAACAAAAGGUUAGUGCUCAGGAAAAUUCUAUAUGUUUGGCUGCUUUAGAAAAAAAUGAAGCUGAUGUGCCCCCUAAAACUGUAUUGGAAGAUGAACCAGAAGAUGAUGAUAUGUUUGAAACUGAGUUUAGGCAAUACAAAAGAACUUACUACAUGACCAAAAUGGGUGUAGAAGUAGUUUCUGAUGACUUCUUGGCUGAUCAAGCUGAAUGUUAUGUCCAAGCAAUACAGUGGAUUUUGCAUUAUUACUACCAUGGAGUUCAGUCAUGGAGCUGGUAUUAUCCUUAUCAUUAUGCACCUUAUCUGUCAGAUAUUCGCAACAUCAGCGAACUCAAAAUCAAAUUUGAACUGGGAAAACCUUUCAUGCCAUUUGAACAGCUUCUUGCUGUACUUCCAGCAGCUAGCAAAGAUCUGCUACCUAAAUGCUACCAGCAUUUGAUGAUUAGUCAAGAUUCUCCUAUUAUAGAAUAUUAUCCACUGGAUUUUAAGACUGACCUAAAUGGAAAACAGCAAGAAUGGGAAGCUGUGGUUUUAAUCCCAUUUAUUGAUGAGAAACGACUGCUGCAGGCCAUGGAAUCCUGCAAUAAGUGCCUAAAAGAAGAGGAGAAACGAAGAAAUACUCACAGCGCUUGCUUAAUGUACUGGUAUGAUAAAGAUGCAGAGUUCCAGUACAUGUCCCCAUGGCCAGAGAAAUUCCCUGCUAUAGAAAGAUGUCGUACCAGGUAUAAAACAAUACCUUUGGAUGCUUGGCAUGUAGAAAUAACCCAAAAUAAGAUAACUAAAAUGAACAAAAGUAUGUUAUAUUUUCGUGGAUUUCCUACUUUAAAGCACAUUAAACAUAAGUUCUAUCUUAGAAAAAAUGGUGUACAAGUAUUUCAGCAAAGCAGCCAUGGAGAGAACAUGAUGUUAGAAAUCAUAGCUGAUAAUAACUCAAAAGAACAGAUGGUAGAAAAUGUUGCCAGUUUGGUACUUGGAAAGCGUGUUUUUGUUAACUGGCCACACCUUGAAGAAGCCAGAGUUGUUGCUGUGUCAGAUGGAGAAACCAAGUUUUAUUUGGAAGAGCCACAUGGCACACAGAAGCUUUACAUGGGCAACGCAGUGCCCCCGACUAAAGUGGCAUAUGUUGGAGAUAAGGAGCAAAGUGUGUGGUUAAAAGAAGUUCAAGGCAUUUCAGAACACUACCAGAGAAGAAAAGGAAUAAUUAUUCAUGAAACAUCAAUAGUUGUGUAUGCUCAGUUACUCACUGGUAAUAGAUAUCAGCUAAACCAAAAUGGAGAAGUUUAUUUGGAGAAGCAGUGGUCAAAACAAGCUCUUCCUUUUGUUUACCAAACUAUUGUCAAGGAUAUCAAAGCCUUUGACUCUCGUUUUUCAAAUAUCAAAACUUUGGAUGACUUGUUUCCUCCUGGAAGCACAACCUUUAUGCUGGGAUCUCCUUACUAUGGCUGCAUGGGAGAAGUUCAAGAUUCAUGUGAUGUGAUCACAGAAGGUAGAAUUCGUGUAGUUUUCAGUAUUCCAUGUGAACCCCAGCUUGAUCCUUUAAUACAGAACCAGCAUAAAUAUUCUGUGAAAUACAAUCCUGCAUAUAUUUUGGCCAGCCGUCUUGGAAUAAGUGGCUAUCUUGUCUCCAGAUUUACAGGGAGUAUCUUUAUUGGAAGAGGAUCAAAGAAAAAUCCUCAUGGAGAUCACAAAGCAAAUGUGGGGCUAAACCUGAAGUUUAAUAAGAAAAAUGAAGAAGUUCCUGGCUAUACUAAGAAAGUUGGAAAUGAAUGGAUGUAUUCUUCUGCUGUAGAACAAUUACUUGCUGAGUAUUUAGAAAGGGUCCCUGAACUAUUUAAUUAUAUAGCCAAGAAUAGCCAGGAAGAUAUAUUCUAUGAAGAUGACAUUUGGCCUGGAGAGGAUGAGAACGGAGCUGAGAAGGUUCAAGAAAUUGUUGCCUGGUUAAAGGCACAUCCUGUGUCUGCAUUGUCUCGCUCAUCUUGUGACUUGCAAAUUUUGGAUGCAGCCAUUGUUGAGAAAAUUGAGGAAGAAAUAGAGAAAUGCAAGCAGAGAAAGAGCACCAAGAAGGUGCGAGUAACUGUGAAACCCCAUUUGCUGUACAGACCAUUAGAGCAACAGAACGGCGUUAUUCCAGACCGAGAUGCAGAGUACAGGCUGUUUGACCGUGUUGUCAAUGUCAGAGAGAACUUCUCUGUUCCAGUUGGUCUUCGGGGUACCAUUAUAGGAAUUAAAGGAGCCAGUAGAGAAACAGAUGUGCUCUUCGAAGUUUUGUUUGACGAAGAAUUCCUUGGAGGCCUAACUAUAAGGUGCUCACCUGCCAGAGGUUAUCGUCUGCCAUCAAGUGCCUUAAUUAACCUGUCUCAUGGUAGUCGGUUAGAAAUGGGAAAUGAAAAACUGACGGCCAUAGUUAAACCUCAGCCAGCUGUGAGUAACUACAAUUCUCAUGCAUCUGAUCUGUCAUCUGUAUCCUCACAAAAAGUGCAUCUGGGAGGCCUCAACCAUUCUCCUCGGUCCCUUUUUGUUCCUACUCAAGCACAGAGUAAGCAAGGUGAUGAAUUCUGCAGCAUAUGGCAAUCAUUGCAGAGUUCUGGGAAGUCUCACCACAUCCAGCAAAAUAUGCACGAGAAGGGUGCAGUUCUACCUCAGGAAAUCAAUCUGGGAACUGGUAAUCAGUUCUAUAAGCCAGGAUUCAAUGACAGCAGCUUUAAAGGUCAGCAAAGAAAACAGGAGCCAUACAAAAAAUUUAAAGAAGAUUACAGAGUUACAAGAGGUGAAGGUCAGCCACGUAACAAAAUACCAAACAAACAGAAGGACAAUGAACUUGAAAACCUUCUAGCUUCUUUGAAAAUUUCCAAAGAAAAUGAUGUGCAGACUUACUCCAAGGAAACAAGAGCUAAAAAUGAAGAACAUCUGUCACCACAAUCAUUUGUUAUGAAAGGAACACAGAUGCUCAAAGAGAUAUUGAAGAUAGAUGGCUCUGACCUGGAAACAAGGAAUGAGGUGAAAUCCCAAGUUAAUGAUGUCCCUGUACCCUCCAGUAGACAGGAUUGCCAUGGAGCUGCUUCACAGUAUAGACAAACCAAAAAAAUGGCUGCUUAUAUGAACAAGGCUUACAGCACUGGAGGUCCUCAGAAGACACCAGUGUUGGAAACUGGAGGUCACCCUUUUGCUUGUCCACAGCCUGCGCUGUCUACUGUUUCUGAGCUUUGUCAUAUUUGUUCUCUUGCUGGAAUGUCACAGCCAGAUUUUUCUUUUGUAAAGACACCACAGACCAUGACAGUUUGUCACAUAAAACUGUCAAAUGGUUUGUUGGUUCAUGGACCACAGUGUCACUCUGAAGCUGAAGCAAAGGAGAAAGCUGCGCUUUUUGCUUUACAGCGUUUGAGUUCUGUAGGAGUAAAUUUCCCUAUGCCUCCACCUCCACCAAUGUUACCAAAUUACCACACACUGGGAGUUCCUGUACCACCUGGGUCUAUUCCUCCAGUAUUUGCACAGCCCCCUGCUAAUAUAAUGCCUCCAUCGUCUCGCAUGUUUGGUCCAGUAUCCUGGGGAACUCCAGUGCCUAAACAUUAUUAUCCUGGCUCUUAUCCGGGAAACGUGUCUCUUGCAGGAGCUAUACCAGUCGGUUCUCACAACCAGUUUAUACCUCUGCAGGUAACUAAAAAAAGGGCUGCUAGCAAGAAAAACUUUGAGCUGAAGGAUUUACAGAGUUCCCCUCAAGCUGCACCACUAAAGAAUGAACAGCCAAUGUCUUCUGACCACAAUCAGCAAGAUAGUUCUUCAGCUCCUUUAAAAUCUCCUCCAGCUGCUCAAUCCACUGUUUCAUUUCAAGACAAUGUGGCUACUCCAAGCGUUCCUCAUAACAAAUCAACACCAAACACUUCCAGCAAGAGAAAGCCAAGAAAGCUGGCUGUCAAUUUUGGCACACCCAAACCUUCAGAAUAAACAUGGUAGCUAGGUGCAUUUUAUCUUCAACUCUUCCCCCACUGUUAUGUUCUAUCAUUUAAAAAGUCCGAAAACUCUAUUAAAAAGACCAGCCACUUUUACAUAAUACAGAAUGAAAUGCAUUUUAUUUGCUAUUAUUUUCAAGUUGUUCCAAAAGAACUAUAAAAAUCAUGUUAAAACUUAAUGAAUUUCACAUUAAUCAGCAGAAGCCAGGAAAUGCUGAAUUAAGGUAACCAUGCCAUCCAUUGUGCCUAGGUUUCUCAACGGUGGCUUGCGUACUAUACACAGUAAGCAGCAAUAACAGUGGCAACCUUAAUUCAGAACUGCUAUGCUUUUUGGGAGGGAUAUGGAGCAGUAAUAAGUUGGGCAUCUAACAUUGCUUAAUAUGACAUUUUGUAUUCUAGCUUAUUUUUUAAAUAGAGUAAUAAGACAGAAAGGAAAAAUUAUUUAAAGGCAGCUUUUAUAUUGGCUUUUCAGGUCCUUGUGAGUCAAACUGGUGUGAUUAAAACGACUUUACAACUUUCAAAAUGUAGAUAUUAUUGUAUGUCUAGUAGUAU